AACUGUCUUCAGCCAAAAGCCUGCGACUCUAUCAAUCCUCAAAAUCAGCAAAUGAAACAGCUAAUAAAGAAGCGCGAUGCCAUAAUGGUGGUGGUAAUUCUGAUUGCUACGAUGGCUUUCCAAGCUGGGGUGACCCCUCCGGGUGGUGUCUGGCAAGACAAUGCAACAGAUAAUUCCCACAAAGCCGGAGAAGCAGUAAUGGCACAUAUUCAUCCUAAAGUGUAUACGAGUUUCGUUGGAGCAAAUACAAUAGCCUUCGUUUCGUCUCUUAGUACGAUCUUGCUCUUAUUAAGUGGCUCGCCUUUUCGGAGCAGGCUGUUUAUGUGGAAUUUGGUGGUGAUUAUGUGGUUAAUGGUAACUUCAACUGCAAUUACUUAUGCCAUAUCCAUUGUUGUGGUUACAACACAAAAGGAUAAGAAACCACUGAUCUAUAUUAUUGGGAUUGGACUCAUUGUAUGGUGUAGUGUGAUGGGAGUUUGGUUUCUUGGCCGGUCGCUGCAGAAACAAGGAAUAACCAUGUGGAGGCCAAGAAGAUUUAGAGAUCUGGUUGGCAAUACAAAUCUUUGUGAGGAUAAAUGGAGUUACAAGGAGUCCCUACAAUCUUGGAGAGAUGAGGAAGAAGAUCCUCACAUUCAAAGUGAUAAGGCCACAUGUUCAGAGAAGUUGAGUGAUAAAGGAAACCAAGGAUGA